CAAGAAAAAGCGCUCACACGUCAUACGGACGAGCCGGUAUUUCCCCACUGCGUCAACCUCGCGGAAGAAAAGCGAUAGCACGAAGAAAAUAUAUUACAAAAUAUAAACUCGAUAUCGUUAAAUUGACUGUUUUAUCAUCAAUAAUGGCAAACGCUCGCGCCCUUCAUUUCGUGUUCAAAAUUGGUGAACGUAAACUGACGGCAAAAUUCUACCGCGAAAUACUAGGAAUGAAGGUUCUGAGACACGAGGAAUUCUCGGACGGUUGCGAAGCUGCUUGCAACGGACCCUACGCCAAUCGCUGGAGCAAAACUAUGGUUGGCUACGGGCCUGAGGACAAUCACUUUGUCGUCGAGCUGACUUACAACUAUGGUAUCGAUUCUUACGAAAGAGGCAAUGACUUUAAAGGGAUAACGAUUCGAUCCAAGGAAACGAUUGAAAGAGCGAGAUCUUCAGGAUGGCCGGUGGGACAAGAGGACGGAAAAUUCGUACUUGAAGCUCCCGGUGGUUACAAGUACUACGUCAUUGACGAACCGCAGCCUGCUGAUAGAGAUCCGGUCGAGAAAGUCACCCUGUCCAGUUCCAAUCUUGAACGUACGAUUGCGUAUUGGAAGAAUAUUCUCCGCUUGAAGGUCUACAAGCAAGAUGAUCGCAAAGUUCUAUUAGGAUUUGGGGACAAUCAAGCCAAGCUUGAGUUUGAGGAUAUUGGAACUGAGGUGCUACACGCAAAGGGCUAUGGACGGAUUGCAUUUUCAAUUCCAUACGAAAACCUACUGCUCCUUAAUCAGACUAUAAAAGAAGCAAACCAAAAGAUUCUCACCGAACUCGUCAAACUUGAUACACCAGGAAAAGCUAGCGUUACUGUCGUCAUUCUUGCCGAUCCGGAUGGCCACGAGAUUUGCUUCGUUGAUGACGAAGGCUUCAGGCAGCUCUCCGUGCCUGAUUAUCCUAGCGAAGCUAUCCUGGAUAGAUUUAUUGCCAAGGAAGACAAAACCGCUGGCCUGACUGCGUAGAUACGAAUUGCU